GCCUUAAUUAUUUAGGGGUUUAAGGCAAGGGUUCCGAGGAAGGAAGUCGAACUUGGGAAGGUGUGGAUCCUCGAUCCGAGUUUUGAAUGGAGUUUCGAUUUGGUGAGGUACCGCCGGCUCCAGGUACAAGCUCAGGACCGGCGAUGAUGCCUCCUGGUACAAGCGGUAGUAGCGGAGGACCGGCUCCGCCUCUGCCACCGCCUUCUUAUACUGUUUUGCCGCCCUUGAUGCCGCCGCCUCCAGGUACAAACUCAGGACCAGCAAUGAUGCCUCCUGGUACAAGCGGUAGUAGCGGAGGACCGGCUCCGCCUCUGCCACCGCCCUCUUAUACUGUUUUGCCGACGGAGGCUCAGCUUGAAGAGAAAGCUAGGAAAUGGAUGCAGCUUAACUCUAAGCGGUAUAGUGAUAAACGCAAAUUUGGAUUUGUGGAGACGCAAAAGGAAGAUAUGCCUCCGGAGCAUGUUCGCAAGAUUAUUAGGGACCAUGGGGAUAUGUCAUCAAAAAAAUAUCGUCAUGAUAAACGUGUGUAUCUCGGAGCUCUUAAAUUUGUCCCUCAUGCUGUUUACAAACUUCUUGAGAACAUGCCUAUGCCGUGGGAGCAGGUUCGAGAUGUGAAAAUCCUGUACCAUAUUACUGGUGCUAUUACAUUUGUUAAUGAGAUACCAUGGGUUGUUGAACCUAUAUAUCUGGCUCAGUGGGGCACUAUGUGGAUCAUGAUGAGGAGGGAGAAGAGAGACCGGCGGCAUUUCAAGAGAAUGCGUUUUCCUCCUUUUGACGAUGAGGAGCCUCCGUUAGAUUAUGCUGAUAAUCUUUUGGAUGUUGAUCCGUUAGAGCCUAUCCAGUUGGAGUUGGAUGAAGAAGAAGAUUCAGCUGUUUAUAACUGGUUUUAUGACCAUAAGCCACUUGUGAAAACAAAGCUUAUUAACGGUCCUAGUUACCGCAGGUGGCAUUUGUCCCUCCCUAUAAUGGCUACACUUCACCGGCUGGCUGGACAGCUGCUUUCAGAUCUUACUGAUCGCAAUUACUUCUACUUAUUUGAUAUGGAGUCCUUUUUCACUGCUAAAGCAUUGAAUAUGUGCAUACCUGGUGGGCCCAAGUUUGAACCUUUAUAUCGUGACAUGGAGAAAGGAGAUGAAGACUGGAAUGAGUUUAAUGAUAUCAACAAAUUGAUCAUCAGGUCACCGCUGAGGACAGAGUACAGAAUUGCCUUCCCUCACCUCUAUAACAACAGACCAAGAAAGGUGAAGCUUGGUAUAUAUCACACUCCGAUGAUCAUGUACAUAAAAACAGAGGAUCCAGAUCUACCUGCUUUCUAUUAUGAUCCGCUUAUACAUCCCAUAGUCACCAAGGACCGGCGAGAGAAGAAAGUUCAUGAGGAUGACGAUGAUGAUGACUUUACCUUGCCUGAGUGUGUUGAGCCAUUGCUGAAUGAGACUCCAAUCUAUACUGAUACUACUGCUGCUGGUAUUUCCCUGUUGUUUGCCCCACGCCCAUUUAACAUGAGAUCUGGUCGGACAAGACGUGCUGAAGAUAUACCCCUUGUGUCAGAUUGGUUUAAGGAGCAUUGUCCUCCAUCAUAUCCUGUCAAGGUGCGUGUCAGUUAUCAGAAGUUAUUGAAAUGUUUUGUGUUGAAUGAGCUGCAUCACAGACCUCCCAAGGCCCAGAAGAAGAAGCAUCUCUUCCGCUCACUUCAAGCCACAAAAUUUUUCCAAACCACAGAACUUGAUUGGGCUGAAGCUGGUCUCCAAGUUUGCAAGCAGGGAUACAAUAUGCUGAAUCUCUUGAUCCAUAGGAAAAACCUGAAUUAUCUUCACCUUGAUUACAAUUUUAAUUUGAAGCCUGUUAAGACGCUAACUACAAAGGAACGUAAGAAAUCCCGGUUUGGUAAUGCUUUCCACCUUUGUCGUGAAAUUCUGCGUUUGACAAAGUUAGUUGUUGAUGCCAAUGUUCAGUUCCGUCUGGGAAAUGUUGAUGCAUUUCAGCUGGCAGAUGGCUUGCAAUACAUUUUUUCACAUGUGGGUCAGUUGACGGGUAUGUACCGUUACAAGUACAGGCUUAUGAGGCAGAUUCGAAUGUGUAAGGAUUUGAAACAUUUGAUCUAUUAUAGAUUCAAUACUGGGCCAGUUGGAAAAGGUCCUGGUUGUGGUUUCUGGGCACCUAUGUGGAGGGUGUGGUUAUUCUUCCUUCGUGGUAUAGUGCCACUUUUGGAACGAUGGUUAGGAAAUUUACUGGCGAGGCAAUUUGAGGGUCGCCAUUCAAAGGGGGUGGCCAAAACUGUCACAAAGCAACGUGUUGAAAGUCACUUUGACUUGGAGCUCCGUGCUGCAGUAAUGCAUGAUGUCCUUGAUGCUAUGCCAGGUGAUAAUCUUCUAUUAUUGAUUGUCCGUCUUUCUUCGGAUGCUUUCGUUUCUUUACAUUACUCGAACCAAAUCUUUUUGCUAAUAUUGUGCCUCUUUACUUUAGAGGGUAUCAAGCAAAAUAAAGCGAGAACCAUUUUGCAGCAUCUAAGUGAAGCAUGGCGUUGUUGGAAGGCAAAUAUUCCUUGGAAGGUCCCAGGUUUGCCUGUUCCUAUUGAGAACAUGAUUCUCCGCUAUGUCAAAUCAAAAGCUGAUUGGUGGACAAAUGUUGCUCACUACAACCGUGAACGUAUAAGAAGAGGAGCAACUGUUGACAAGACUGUGUGUCGUAAAAACCUUGGAAGAUUGACUCGCCUUUGGCUGAAGGCUGAACAGGAGCGGCAACAUAACUACUUGAAAGACGGCCCAUAUGUUACUCCAGAAGAAGCAGUAGCUAUUUAUACUACCACUGUGCAUUGGUUGGAGUCGAGGAAGUUUUCUCCUAUUCCAUUCCCUCCAUUGUCAUACAAGCAUGAUACGAAGCUACUUAUCCUUGCUCUUGAGAGACUGAAAGAAUCUUACAGUGUGGCUGUGAGGUUAAACCAGCAGCAAAGAGAAGAGUUGGGCCUCAUUGAGCAAGCUUAUGAUAAUCCGCAUGAGGCAUUAUCAAGGAUAAAGCGUCACCUACUUACUCAGCGUGCCUUCAAAGAAGUUGGCAUCGAGUUCAUGGACUUGUACAGUUACCUGAUUCCUGUUUAUGAGAUCGAACCACUUGAGAAGAUUACUGAUGCGUACCUGGACCAGUACCUAUGGUAUGAAGGUGAUAAGCGCCAUCUCUUCCCAAAUUGGAUUAAGCCUGCUGAUUCAGAGCCACCACCACUAUUAGUAUAUAAAUGGUGUCAAGGCAUAAACAAUUUGCAAGGAGUAUGGGAUACCAGUGAAGGACAGUGUGUCGUGAUGCUGCAGACAAAGUUUGAGAAAUUCUUUGAAAAGAUUGACCUGACCAUGUUGAACAGGCUUCUGCGUUUGGUGCUGGACCACAAUAUUGCUGAUUAUGUUACUGCAAAAAACAAUGUUGUGCUGUCUUACAAAGAUAUGAGCCACACAAACUCAUACGGGCUGAUACGUGGUCUUCAAUUUGCUUCGUUUGUUGUACAGUACUAUGGGCUUGUGUUGGAUCUUUUGCUCCUAGGUUUAACUCGAGCUAGUGAAAUUGCUGGUCCACCACAGAUGCCUAAUGAAUUCAUAACCUUUAGUGAUACUAGAGUGGAAACGAGGCAUCCUAUCCGGUUGUACUCUCGCUACAUUGACAAGGUGCAUAUAUUAUUUCGCUUCACUCAUGAAGAGGCUCGCGACCUUAUCCAAAGAUAUCUUACUGAGCAUCCUGAUCCCAACAAUGAAAACAUGGUUGGUUAUAACAACAAGAAAUGCUGGCCAAGGGACGCAAGAAUGAGGCUCAUGAAGCAUGAUGUUAAUCUUGGGAGAAGUGUCUUCUGGGACAUGAAGAAUCGGCUGCCUAGAAGUAUUACUACAUUGGAGUGGGAAAACAGCUUUGUCUCUGUUUAUAGCAAAGAUAACCCAAACUUGCUCUUCAGCAUGUGUGGAUUUGAAGUUCGGAUACUGCCUAAGAUAAGAAUGACCCAAGAGGCAUUCAGCAAUACAAGAGAUGGAGUCUGGAAUCUACAAAAUGAGCAGACUAAGGAACGCACAGCUGUUGCCUUCUUGCGUGUAGAUGAUGAGCACAUGAAGGUGUUUGAGAAUCGUGUUAGGCAGAUCCUCAUGUCCUCUGGUUCUACAACAUUCACAAAGAUUGUUAACAAAUGGAACACUGCUCUUAUUGGCCUCAUGACAUAUUUCCGUGAAGCAACAGUGCAUACCCAAGAAUUACUGGACCUGCUGGUCAAAUGUGAAAACAAGAUACAAACUCGUAUAAAGAUUGGUUUGAACUCAAAAAUGCCCAGUAGGUUUCCUCCUGUUAUUUUCUACACACCAAAGGAAAUUGGAGGGCUGGGAAUGUUGUCAAUGGGUCACAUAUUGAUCCCGCAGAGUGAUCUUAGAUAUAGUCAGCAAACAGAUGUUGGUGUGACACAUUUCAGAAGUGGAAUGAGCCACGAAGAGGACCAAUUGAUUCCAAAUCUUUAUCGAUACAUACAGCCGUGGGAGAGUGAGUUCAUUGACUCUCAGAGAGUUUGGGCCGAAUAUGCUUUGAAAAGGCAGGAAGCCCAGGCACAGAAUAGGCGUUUGACUCUUGAAGAUCUGGAAGAUUCAUGGGAUCGUGGAAUACCUCGAAUCAAUACAUUGUUCCAGAAGGAUCGCCACACCCUAGCAUAUGACAAAGGAUGGAGAGUGAGAACAGACUUUAAACAGUACCAAGUUCUUAAGCAGAAUCCAUUCUGGUGGACACACCAGAGGCAUGAUGGAAAGCUAUGGAACCUGAAUAACUAUCGUACUGAUGUGAUACAAGCUCUUGGAGGAGUUGAAGGAAUUCUUGAGCACACAUUAUUCAAAGGAACAUAUUUCCCUACUUGGGAGGGUCUUUUCUGGGAGAAAGCUUCAGGUUUUGAGGAAUCUAUGAAGUACAAGAAACUGACUAAUGCUCAACGAUCUGGGCUUAAUCAAAUUCCUAAUCGUAGGUUUACUCUGUGGUGGUCGCCAACAAUAAAUAGGGCCAAUGUCUAUGUUGGUUUCCAAGUACAGCUGGACCUGACUGGGAUAUUUAUGCAUGGAAAGAUUCCAACUCUGAAGAUAUCUCUGAUACAGAUCUUCCGUGCACAUUUGUGGCAGAAGAUCCAUGAGAGUGUUGUCAUGGAUCUUUGCCAAGUUUUGGAUCAAGAGUUGGAUGCGUUGGAAAUUGAGACUGUACAGAAGGAAACAAUUCAUCCAAGAAAGAGUUACAAAAUGAAUAGCUCGUGCGCUGACAUCCUCCUUUUUGCUGCACAUAGAUGGCCAAUGUCAAAACCUAGUCUUGUGGCCGAAUCGAAGGAUGUGUUUGACCAGAAGGCUAGUAACAAAUACUGGAUAGAUGUGCAGCUUCGAUGGGGUGACUAUGAUUCUCAUGAUAUUGAGCGUUAUACACGAGCAAAGUUCAUGGAUUACACAACGGACAACAUGUCUAUUUAUCCAUCUCCUACUGGUGUAAUGAUUGGACUUGACCUUGCUUACAACUUGCAUUCCGCCUUUGGUAACUGGUUCCCUGGUUCAAAACCAUUGCUUGCCCAAGCCAUGAACAAGAUUAUGAAGUCAAAUCCUGCACUCUAUGUUCUGAGGGAACGCAUAAGGAAAGGGUUGCAAUUGUAUUCUUCAGAGCCCACAGAACCAUACUUAUCAUCUCAGAAUUAUGGAGAGAUUUUCAGCAAUCAAAUUAUAUGGUUUGUCGAUGACACAAAUGUGUACCGAGUGACCAUCCACAAGACCUUUGAGGGAAAUCUGACGACAAAGCCCAUAAAUGGUGCAAUUUUCAUUUUCAAUCCUAGGACAGGACAACUGUUUUUGAAGGUCAUUCACACAAGUGUGUGGGCAGGGCAAAAGCGUCUUGGCCAGCUGGCCAAGUGGAAAACAGCCGAAGAAGUGGCUGCGCUUGUAAGGUCUUUGCCAGUUGAAGAACAACCUAAGCAAAUUAUUGUGACUAGGAAAGGAAUGCUUGAUCCUCUGGAGGUCCACUUGCUCGAUUUUCCGAAUAUUGUUAUCAAAGGAAGUGAGCUGCAGUUACCGUUCCAGGCCUGUUUGAAGAUAGAAAAAUUCGGUGAUCUUAUACUGAAGGCUACGGAGCCACAAAUGGUUCUGUUCAACAUAUAUGAUGAUUGGUUGAAGAGCAUCUCGUCCUAUACAGCAUUCUCCAGGCUCAUCCUCAUCCUGCGUGCACUUCAUGUGAACAAUGAAAAGGCUAAGAUGCUACUCAAGCCUGACAAGUCGGUCGUUACUGAGCCUCACCACAUCUGGCCUUCACUUACAGAUGACCAGUGGAUGAAGGUCGAAGUAGCGCUUAGAGAUCUCAUUCUCUCAGACUAUGCAAAAAAGAACAAUGUCAACACAUCAGCAUUGACACAGUCUGAGAUCCGUGAUAUUAUACUUGGAGCUGAGAUUACUCCUCCAUCCCAGCAGCGACAACAGAUAGCUGAGAUUGAGAAACAGGCCAAGGAAGCAAGUCAACUGACAGCGGUUACCACAAAGACCACUAAUGUCCACGGUGACGAGUUGAUUGUUACUACCACAAGUCCCUAUGAGCAAGCUGCCUUUGGCUCUAAAACAGAUUGGCGUGUGAGAGCAAUUUCUGCAACAAAUCUCUAUCUCCGUGUGAACCACAUAUAUGUAAAUUCAGAGGACAUAAAGGAGACUGGAUAUACGUACAUCAUGCCAAAGAAUAUUCUGAAGAAAUUCAUUUGCAUUGCUGAUCUGCGGACACAAAUUGCUGGUUACUUAUAUGGUGUAAGUCCACCAGAUAAUCCUCAGGUGAAGGAAAUCCGGUGUAUUGCAAUGCCUCCACAGUGGGGGACACAUCAGCAGGUGCAUCUACCUUCCGGUCUUCCGGAGCAUGAUUUUCUCAAUGACUUGGAGCCUUUGGGAUGGAUGCACACACAACCAAAUGAACUUCCUCAGUUGUCUCCGCAGGAUGUUACUUCACAUGCUCGGAUCCUGGAGAACAACAAACACUGGGAUGGAGAGAAGUGUAUUAUAUUGACAUGCAGUUUCACACCAGGGUCUUGUUCGUUAACUGCAUAUAAGCUAACGCCAACAGGGUAUGAAUGGGGACGUGCUAACAAAGAUACAGGAAGCAACCCUCAUGGUUACCUGCCGACUCAUUAUGAGAAGGUCCAGAUGCUGUUGAGUGACCGAUUCCUUGGCUUUUACAUGAUACCUGAUAAUGGUCCAUGGAAUUACAACUUCAUGGGAGUGAAGCACACUGUUAGCAUGAAGUACGGGGUGAAGUUAGGUACACCUCGGGAGUACUACAAUGAGGAUCACCGACCAACACAUUUCCUGGAAUUCAGCAAUAUGGAGGAAGGCGACACUGCUGAGGCAGAUCGGGAAGAUACAUUUACAUAAUACAUUGCCAUUCAAAUAUAUGGUGGUAAGAUUACCCUCAGGUCUGGGAAGUCUAAUCAAGUGGUGACUUUGUUGUGGUAUGUCUCAGCUAUAGUCCAUAGUGUUGUGGCUGAUGAUAUUAGAUGGAACCUACAAGUUGUAAAUAUAUGAGAUGAAUUUGUAGCUUGAUGCCACUGUAUACUUUUUAUCGAAGGGCGGAUGUUGUGGCUCGGCUUUGUGGUUUAGCAUUUAGCUCGCACCUUUUAGAUGCGGCAAAACAAACAGAUGUUUGUACACUAAGAGAAAGGAAAUCGUGUUUUUGGUGUUUUGAUUUUUCCCUUAAUCCUGUUGCCUUAUUCUACGCCGAGAGCAAUGCAACUGAACAGUGUAAGGUUUAGAAUGUUAAUGAAUUAAACGCUAGUAAUGUCUUUAUUCAUAUUAAAGGUUUGAGAUGUUGCAUCGUUG